UUCUUAUAAGGUCCAUGGAUGUCGACUAUUCAUCGCAGGUUUUCCUGUAAUGUGCUGACUUUGUUGAUUUUACUAACUUUGUACUUCGGCAAUCUCUUGUAAAAUCCAAACGCUUUCCUUACGCUAUCGCGCUGGAAAAGUUAGGUUGUUGUGGUAAUGAUCGUAGAGUGUCUUUAAAAGUACCUGCUAUUAUUUAUUUCUAUAUUUGGACAAUAGGAAGCUAUUAAACGGCACAUUCCUUCUGUAUUCCGUGCCGUAUGUCCUUUUGUCCUUAUUUUUAUGUUUGAGGAACUUUAAAAUAUUUAUCGGAGUCAAAGCGUUAUAUUGUUGAUAGUGUUUAACAAUUAUGUUCACAGCUGGAAAUGUCGUGCCAAUUGUUGUUGGUUUCAGUCUUGUGACCAUUACGGCAAUUUUGAUACGUUUUUUGCUGCAGAAGAAAGAUGAAACCUUGAAGUUAUUAAAGGAUCCUACUGUAAAAUACAGUGUAGAACUUAUAGAAAAAGAGGAAAUCAGCCAUGAUACCAGAAGGUUUCGUUUUGCAUUGCCUUCUCCAGAUCAUGUCCUUGGGCUUCCUGUAGGACAGCACAUUUAUUUGAGUGUAAAAAUUGGUGGUGAAAUUGUUACACGUCCAUAUACACCUGUGUCUAGUGAAGAUGAUAAAGGUUAUUUUGAUCUUGUUAUUAAGGUGUACUUUAAAAAUGUACAUCCAAAAUUUCCUGCUGGUGGUAAAAUGUCACAGUACUUGAAUAACAUGAACAUUGGAGACACAAUAGACGUUCGUGGACCAUCUGGGCGAUUGAUAUACUUAGGAAAAGGAAAAUUCAGUGUAAAAGCAACUCCUAAAUCCCAACCAACAGUUCAUGUAGUCAAGAGAGUAGGCAUGAUUGCAGGAGGAACAGGUAUAACACCAAUGUUGCAACUGAUUAAACAUGCUCUGAAAGAUCCUGAAGAUAAUUUAGAGAUGUCAUUGCUUUUUGCUAAUCAGACCGAAGAUGAUAUUUUGCUAAGAUCUGAAUUAGAAGAUAUUGCUGCUGCACACAAAGAUAGAUUUAAGCUUUGGUAUACUGUUGACCGACCCACAGAAGGCUGGAAGUAUAGCGUGGGAUUUGUUUCUGCAGACAUGAUUGCUGAGCGUUUACCUCCUCCAGCUGAAGGUGUUUUUAUUUUGAUGUGUGGGCCACCACCUAUGAUAAAACUUGCCUGUUGGCCUAGCCUUGAUCAGUUGGGUUAUGAUGAAAAAUUAAGAUUUGCAUAUUGAAUAUUAGAGAAUAACGAGUGAAGAAAAUAUUGUUUUGAAUCAACUAUUCUGUGUAUCAAAUUUGGAUUUAAAUUUUUUAUUAAUUUUUGACAUAAGUUUUUAUUAAACAUAUACUUAAUUGUACAUCUUACUCAUGUUUCUGUUAUUAUCUGUUUUAUGUUAAUAAAAUACCUUGCAAAAAAGAAAAA